CUGGCCUCUCCGGGGCUGCUGCAGGAUAGUAGUGAGAGGAAGUGCGGCUUCUCCCAUUCAUUCACACGCUCCCUGGGCAGAGGAGCUGCGGGAUAGUGACUGUUAUCUCUGCCUGUCGGGAUUGGCUGGACACAGUCUCUACUUUCUCCUUGUGGAUUAUAAUCGCAGGGAAGUGAAGACUCCGGCACUUCAUAUAAAGGGCACCAUGGCCAAAAUGGAGGGUAAGACCUCACUCUUGGACAACAUGAUAGGUGUGGGGGAUAUGGUUCUUUUAGAACCACUCGAUGAAGAAUCCUUUAUCAAUAACCUCAAAAAACGUUUUGAUCACAGUGAAAUUUAUACCUACAUAGGGAGCGUGGUUAUAUCUGUAAACCCCUACAGGUCACUGCCCAUUUACACACCGGACAAAGUGGAAGAAUACAGGAAUCGAAACUUUUAUGAACUAAGUCCACAUAUUUAUGCGCUUUCUGAUGAAGCAUAUCGUUCUCUAAGAGACCAAGAUAAGGAUCAAUGCAUUCUCAUCACUGGUGAAAGCGGAGCAGGAAAAACAGAGGCAAGUAAGCUGGUUAUGUCUUAUGUAGCAGCCGUUUGUGGUAAAGGAGCUGAAGUUAACCAAGUGAAGGAACAACUCUUGCAGUCAAACCCAGUUUUAGAAGCAUUUGGAAAUGCAAAAACUGUAAGGAAUGACAACUCUUCCAGAUUUGGCAAAUACAUGGAUAUUGAAUUUGAUUUCAAGGGAGACCCACUUGGUGGAGUUAUAAGCAACUAUCUCCUAGAGAAGUCUAGGGUUGUCAGACAACCAAGGGGUGAAAGAAAUUUCCAUAUCUUCUAUCAGUUGCUGUCUGGUGCUUCUGAGGAUCUCCUAAACAAGCUAAAACUAGAGCGGGAUUUCAGCAAAUACAACUACCUAAGCUUGGAUUCUGCAAAAGUGAACGGUGUGGAUGAUGCAUCAAACUUCAGAACUGUGAGGAAUGCAAUGCAGAUCGUAGGCUUUAUGGAACAUGAAACACUGUCUGUUUUAGAAGCUAUAGCUGCAGUGCUGAAAUUGGGGAACAUUGAGUUCAAACCAGAAUCUCGUGUUAAUGGCCUGGAUGAAAGCAAAAUUAAAGAUAAAAAUGAGUUGAAAGAAAUCUGUGAGCUGACGGGUAUUGACCAGAGUGUGCUAGAGCGAGCGUUCAGUUUCCGAACUGUGGAAGCCAAACAAGAGAAAGUCUCCACAACCCUGAAUGUUGCCCAGGCGUACUAUGCACGUGAUGCACUGGCUAAAAACAUGUACAGCAGAUUGUUUUCCUGGCUUGUCAACAGAAUAAAUGAGAGCAUUAAGGCUCAAAAUAAAGUAAGAAAGAAGGUAAUGGGAGUCCUGGACAUUUACGGCUUCGAGAUUUUUGAGGAGAACAGUUUUGAGCAGUUUAUUAUCAACUACUGCAACGAAAAGCUGCAACAGAUCUUCAUUGAAUUGACCCUUAAGGAGGAACAGGAAGAAUAUAUACGCGAGGGAAUUGAGUGGACACACAUUGAAUACUUCAACAAUGCAAUUAUAUGUGAUCUCAUUGAGAAUAACCAGAAUGGAAUCCUGGCCAUGUUGGAUGAAGAAUGCCUGCGGCCCGGCACAGUUACUGAUGAGACCUUCUUGGAGAAGCUGAAUCAGAUUUGUGCCACUCAUCAGCAUUUUGAGAGUCGAAUGAGCAAAUGUUCUCGUUUUCUGAAUGACACUUCCCUACCACACAGCUGCUUCAGGAUUCAACAUUAUGCUGGCAAGGUCAUGUACCAGGUAGAAGGGUUUGUAGAUAAGAACAAUGAUUUGCUCUACCGAGACCUUUCUCAAGCUAUGUGGAAAGCAAACCAUGGACUUAUCAAAGAUAUGUUCCCAGAAGGUAACCCGGCCAAAAUUAACUUGAAAAGGCCACCAACUGCUGGCUCCCAAUUUAAAUCUUCAGUAUCAACCCUGAUGAAGAAUCUGCUUACAAAGAACCCAAAUUAUAUCCGAUGCAUCAAGCCAAAUGACAAGAAGGCUGCCCAUAUAUUCAGUGAUGCCCUGGUGCGUCAUCAAGUGAGUUACCUUGGCCUGCUAGAAAACGUCAGAGUGAGGAGGGCUGGUUAUGCCUUCAGGCAACCAUAUGAGCCUUGCCUAGAAAGAUACAAGAUGUUGUGUAAACAGACGUGGCCACACUGGAAAGGUCCAGCAAGAGCUGGUGUAGAAGUAUUGCUCAAUGACCUUGAAAUUCCUAAAGAAGAAUUCUCUUUUGGGAGAUCAAAAAUUUUUAUCCGCAACCCAAGAACGCUGUUCAAACUUGAAGAAUUGAGAAAGGAACGUUUAGAAGACCUAGCCACUCUUAUCCAGAAAAUCUACAGGGGAUGGAAGUGCCGCACUCGCUUCCUGCUGAUGAAGAGGAGUCAGGUUAUUGUGGCUGCCUGGGUCAGGCGCUAUCUUCAACAAAAUAAGUACAAACAGAUUAAAAGUUCCACCAUUGUGGUGCAGUCAUAUACCAGGGGGUGGAAGGCACGGAAGAUCCUUCGAGAGCUUAAAUACCAGAAGCGUUGUAAUGAAGCAGCUACAACAAUUGCAGCUUAUUGGCAUGGUACCCAGGCGCGAAGGGAACUGAGGCGACUGAAGGAAGAGGCUAGGAAUAAACAUGCUAUUGCUGUAAUAUGGGCUUACUGGCUUGGACUUAAGGCUCGGAGAGAAUUGAAACACUUGAAGGAGGAGGCUAGGCGUAAGCAUGCAGUGGCAGUCAUAUGGGCUUACUGGCUUGGACUAAAGGUACGAAGAGAAUACAGGAAAUUUUUCCGUGCCAAUGCUGGAAAGAAGAUUUAUGAAUUCACAAUCCAGAGAAUAAUGCAAAAGUACUUCUUGGAUUUGAAGAAUAAGGUUCCCUCAAUAUCACCCAUAGACAACAAUUGGCCACCAAGACCUUACCUCUUCUUGGAUGCAACACACUCGGAAAUGAAGAGGAUUUUCCAUCUGUGGAGGUGCAAAAAACACAGGGAUCAGUUCACAGAACAGAAAAAGUUCAUUUAUGAUGAAAAACUGGAAGCAAGCGAACUCUUCAAGGAGAAGAAGUCUUUGUACCCCCCCAGUGUUGGACAGCCAUUCCAAGGGGAUUAUUUGGAAAUCAGCAAAAAUCCCAAAUAUAAGAAGCUAUGCGAUACCAUUGAAGAUAAAAUAAUAAUUGCCGACACAGUGAGUAAAAUCAACCGAGCCAAUGGAAAGGGAGCAACCAGGAUUUUCUUGUUGACAAAGAGUAAUGUCAUUAUUGCUGACCACAAGUCAGGCCAGAUCAAGCUGGAAGUGCCUCUGGGAGAUGUCACUAAAGUGAGCAUGAGUUCCCAAAAUGACGGCUUUUUUGCACUCCAUCUCAAAGAGGGUUCUGCAGCAGCUUCCAAGGGUGAUUUCCUCUUCAGCAGUGAUCAUCUCAUAGAGAUGGCUACCAAGCUUUAUCGAACUACUCUGAUGCAGACGAAGCAAAAGAUUGUCAUAGAGAUUGCAAAUGAGUUCUUAGUGCAAUUCAAACAAGACAAAGUAUGCGUGAAAUUCAUUCAAGGGACCCAGAAGAAUGGUAACAUACCUACAUGCAAGCGGAAAAACAAUCGUCUUCUGGAAGUGGCUGUGUCCUAAUGGCGCAGUUUUCACUAUAUGGACAUUUUUAGUUGUAACUGUGCAAUUUUUAGAGAGGGGGGUUUCAUGUUUUAUUUUAUUUUUUUGAUUGUGCCAAGAGAGGUUGAUGAUAAUGAUGUGCCUUCAGUCUUGAAAACAUUUUAGGCUUUUAUGUAAUUAUUUUUAAGCAGUGGUUUUAUAUCUUACAGUUUAUCAAAUCAGAAAGUUUUUUUGCCAGGUACACGUGUUGUGAACAAUGUUAGCUGCAGUCUUUCAAACUGAGCCUUUUAUUUCCUGAUCUCUAGAACUACCUACGUAUAUGUAUCCAGUCAUUGUGCCAUGCAAACCUUUCCUUGAAGAAAUCUGCUGGUUCUGCUCCACAUUUUAGCAGAGCCUUCUAGUUAUCCAUAAUAAAUUCACACCUAGCCAUAAUGUGCAAUAUAUUCAUACAAGAGUUUGAGCACAGCAAUCAUUCUAAAGUUGUAUAUUAUUUUAUCCAAUGUUUAUCUAUAUUCUAGACCUCUUAUAUCAAAGCAAAUGGAGGAUUUAAUAAUGUGCCGGUAUCUAGACAAUGUACCCUUAAUAUUUUCUUGUUUACACAAAGCCAAAAGUUUCCAUUUUGUGUAAUCUAUAAAAAGUAACUAUGUGAUUAAUGUACCACCCAGGACAAACCUGCUAGUGUUAUGUCUAGUGCAGGGCCUAAGGGGUCACAGCAUGACACAGGCAUCGGGGGUCUCUAUAGUGUUAUGUUGGGCCCCUCAGGCCCUGUACUACAAUUCUAUAUUAUAUACAGUAUGUCUUAUGUUUAGUAAUAUCUGCCAGUAGUUCUGGACAUGAUUUCACAAUCUCCUACUUUGUAGCAAAAUGUUUAAUAAUUAAUGUACAUUAUUUUUUGUAAAUGAUAUUGGUAAGUAUGAAGGAAAGAAGUAACAUGGAAGUGUCUAAAGCUGCGUAUUCUAAUGCCAAUUUAUUGUAACACAGUAAGAUUGUAUGUGCACAGUCUGGUCAUAGGUUCCAAAAAGAAGCAUGGCUUCAAUAACUAUCCAUUUUGCUGCCUUGGUUAUAUCCACUGGGAUUGGUAGGUAUUCAAGGAAUUGUAAUAAUGAGCCAUGGCUUAACGUACAGGUAGCUCCAUAGUGGGUGCAUUGAGUUCUUUAAAACCUGGUGGUCAAUGAGGAAUUUUACCAUUUUCCAUUUGUGUUAUUAAACCAAUAAUUUAUGAUAUGAUGGUUAAAGCAGAUGUAAACUUCACCUACUUUACAGUCCCCCUUGACGUCAUCUGAUGUCACUGUUGAAUCGGAUUAGGUGGUAACAUGACCUUACGCCUCUAAUCAUAAUUCAUAGGACAGUAUAUAAGGCAAUUCUGUACAUGCCAUUAACCUCUGCUAUUAAUAUUUCUGUUCUUGAAAUUACAAAUAAUCUCUUCCAACUUCAUAUCCAAUUAACUUAUCUACAUGUAUUGUGAGGAAUCAUGUUCAAUGUGCAUAAAUCAUUCACUUUAUUUAUAUUUCACAAUAGUGUGUAAUGAAAUACUGGUGUAAGUACGUUGCAAUGACAGACAUAGUUGGUGUUGAACGUGUAAAAACUCUAAAUGGUGUCCAGUUUCUUGUAGGAGACUAAAUGGUACAUAGGAAAAUUUCUGGUAUUAACUUUUAUUUUUUUUAUUAUGCUGCUCUCUUGUUUUUAAGGCCAUAAUUUUUAAUUAGUGUUGAACCUAUAGAAGCUGCACAUAAAUGGACCUCUCCUGUAGAUCUGCAUUAUAACGCAUUCUCUGUAAUUUACUGCAAGUAAUCUUUUAUAAACUAAAGAUAAG